UUCUCAAAUGCCUCUCACCUCAAUCCCACACUACCCCCCCCAUUGCUGUAGUCGGGCGCUGAGCAACGGAACGAGACCGGUGCGAGGCAGGCGAGCGUGCGGCGGCCACCAGAGAGGCGCGCCGCGUUUCGUACCGCGAGCUGACCCCGUCGUAAAAUCGCAACGAAAAGUUAACGGAGGUUUACGUCGGGAGCCCCAUCCGCUAAAUGUUUCCCGAAAUAAAGUGCCGCAUUGCAAGUCCUCCAGGCUGCGACGACAUGCCGGGCGUUGAGUCGCGAGCGGCGAGGGGGAGCCGUUGUUGAGGUCGGUCCCGUAGUUAGACGGCACGUUGUUGGCUGUGCGCGUGGGCUGCUUGGCCACGACCCUUCUGCUGCUGCCCCUGCCGCUGGCGACGACGAUGUCUCUUCGAAGUGCGACCGUGGCUCGCUGAUCCGGAGCCCGGAGCCCACAACCUCCCGAAGGCCCUCGUCGCCCUGCGCGCCGGCGUUCCCGCGCCCUCGCCGAGAUGUCCGACGCUCUGUCCGCCAGUUCCGCGUCGACGGUCCAGUCGAGUGGGAACAGGGUCCUGCAGUUGGCGAGCCGCGGGGAAUGGUCAGCCGUGGAGCAAGCCCUGAGGGGCAUGGACCGCGGGGACACCGAGCUGGGCCACGUGGACGAGGACUCAGGAUUAACCCCCUUCAUGAUCGCGGUGAAGGAUAACAAGAUCACUGUGGUUGAUCGCCUCCUUGAUCUGGGAGUGAACCUCGGUGACCGCUCAAAGGACGGACGCACGGCUCUUCAUAUUGCCGCUUUUCACUCCAAGGAAGAAUUGGUUAAACUUCUUCUCACAAGAAAAGCUGACCCAAACAUUCCUGGAGGGCCGAAGGAGCAGCUGCCACUGCACGUGGCAGCCGCACGUCCGACCGGUGCCCUGAGCACGGUGCUGCUUCUGCUGAAAGCGUCCGGCAAGGAUGCCCGCUUCGUUCCAGACAAGGACGGCUCGCUCGCGCUGUUUCCCGCGAUCGAGGCCGGCAACGUGGCCGUGUGCAGGGAGCUCCUCUCGACGGGGGCCGAGCUGCAGCUCCACGCUCACAGGACGGACAAUGGCGACACUGCUUUGCAUUUGGCUUCCAAGAAAAAGGAUCUGGAACUGGCAAGACUCCUCAUAGAAUCUGGAGCCAACAUAGAUGUUCAGAAUGGUGAAGGCCAGACUCCUUUGCACAUAGCCGCCGGGGAAGGUGAUGAGGUCUUGCUCAAGUUUUUCCACCAAGUUAAAGCCAACCCCAACAUUGUGGACAAGUGCGACAGGUCUCCGCUGCACAUCGCGGCAGAGCGAGGCCACACGACGGUUGUGGACAUUCUCACCGAAAAGUUCAAAUCGAACGUGUUCGCAAGAACCAAGGACGGAAACACGCUGAUACACAUUGCCGCCAUGUGCGGUCACCCUGACACUGCCUUGAUGUUCCUGAAGAAGGGGGUCCCUCUGCUCAUGCCAAACAAGGCUGGCGCGGUGUGCCUGCACGCGGCCGCGGCCAGGGGCCACGUGACCGUGGUGAAGGCGCUGCUGCUCAAGGGGGCUCUGGUGGACGCCCUAACGAGGGACAAGCGCACGGCGCUGCACAUCGCCGUGCAGAACUGCAAGCCGCCCGUCGUGCAGAUGCUGCUCGGCUUCGGGGCGCAGGUUCACCUCAAGGGCGGCAAGGCCCAGGAGACACCGCUGCACAUCGCCGCGCAGGUCAAGGAGGGCGAGAAGGUGGCCGACAUGCUGCUGAAGAGCGGCGCCGACGUGAAUGCAGAGCAGGAGAACGGUGAGACUCCGAUGCACAUCGCCGCAAGACACGGGCACCUGAAGGUGAUGCAGCUUCUCUUAAGGGAGGGAGGAGAUCUUCUGUGGAGAUCCAAGGACGGCAACAAUGCACUGCACAUCGCCGUGCGGAACUGCCACCUGCACGUGGUGACCAAGAUCCUGAACCACCUCGCCAACGAGAAGAGCCACGCGGAGGCCGUCGCCUGCGUCCACCAGGAAAAUGAGUUCGGGGAGACCCCGAUGCACCUUGCUACCGAGAUCACCAAAGACGAGAUACACAGCGACGGAGAGGACAUCAAAAUAAUCCAGCUGCUGAUGGAGUACGACUCUGACAUCGCCGCAUCUACCAAGACUACGUGCGAGUCUCCCCUCCACUACUGCGGACGAUCGGGCAAUGCCGAGAUUUUGACAGAAAUGCUGAAGCACAUCGGCGCAAACCAGAUGCAACACGUGCUGAACAGAGCCGACCAGAACGGGUGGUCGCCUCUACUGAUGGCUGCGGAGAAGGGGCACAUUGAGGUGGUCAGGAUCCUCCUGAAAAACAACGCAAGGGUCGACGUGUUUGAUGAGCACGGCAAGGCGGCGCUGCACCUGGCGGCCGAGAACGGCCACGAGGGCAUAGCCGACAUCCUGCUGUGGCACAAGGCCUUCGUCAACGCCAAGACCAAGCUGGGCCUCACGCCGCUGCACCUGGGGGCCGAGCGCGGCUACAACCGGCUGGUGCGGCUGCUGUGCGAGACGCACCACGCCACCAUCGAUGCCCUCUCGCUGAUCAAAAGGACGCCCUUGCACCUGGCAGCUUUGAAUGGGCAGCUGGAUGUGUGCAACAGCCUCCUGCGCCUGAACGCAGACAUCAAUGCCACUGACAUUCACGGACAGACGCCGCUGCACCUGGCGGCGGAGAACGACCACUCCGAGGUGGUGAAGCUCUUCCUGAAGCAGCGGCCCGAGCUGGUGACGUCGGCCAACGCGUCGGGCUCCACGUGCGCUCACAUCGCCGCCGGCAAGGGCAGCGUCGCCGUCAUCAAGGAGCUGCUCAAGUUCAACCGCGGGGGCGUCACGUCCGCGCGCAACAAGACAAACGACUCAACUCCGUUGCAUCUGGCCGCGGCUGGGGGCUACGCGGAGGUGGUCAAGGUGCUGCUGGCAGCUGGAGCCGCUGCGUCGGAAGAAAACUCCGAAGGCAUGGCUACAUUGCAUCUGGCAGCGAAAAACGGACACGUCAACGUGCUGGAAGCCGUCAAAGACAACGUUUCUUUCAAAGCUACGAGUACCAAGACCGGGAUGACAGCGUUGCACGUGGCCGCUCACUUUGGACAAAUAGACAUUGUGCGGGAGAUGCUGACCAAGGUGCCGGCAACCGUACAGAGCCAGCCGCCAAAGGUGUCUCUGGACGCGUCGUCGUCAUCGUCGUCGUCAUCCAAGGAGCACUUGCACGAGUCAGGAUUCACUCCACUGCAUCUGGCAGCGGAGUCGGGGCACGAGGGCCUGGUGCGCCUGCUGCUCAACUACCCGGGCGUGCUGGCCGACGCGCAAACCAACCUGCAGGGAGCCACCCCGUUGCACUUGGCGGCGCAGAGCGGCCACACAGCGGUGGUGGGGCUCCUGCUCAGCAAGUCGGCGUCCCAGCUGCACGUGCGCGACAAGAGCGGUCGCACCUGCCUCCACCUGGCGGCCUCGGGGGGCCACUGCGAGAUGGUGCGGGUGCUGCUGGGCCAGGGAGCCGAGAUCAACGGGAUCGACAAGCUCGGCUGGACAGCGCUCAUCUUCGCGGCCAAGGCCGGCUUCCUGCCCGUGGUGCAGCUGCUCAUCGAGAGCGGGGCCUCCCCGGCCGCCGAGUGCAAAGACGGCAAGACGGCCAUCCAGUACGCCGCAUCCAGCAACCACCAGGACGUGGUGAGCUUCCUCCUGCACCGGGGCCACAACACGCUCCGGCUGCUCGAGGACCGAGAGUUCAUCUUCGACCUCAUGGUGUGCGGCAAGCAGCAGAGCAGCACGCGGCUCAUGGAGGAGCUGGUUCUGCGCUCGGCCGCGCCGCUGGAGACGGCCGUCAAGCUGUCGCGUGCCUUCGGCCUCACGUCGCUGCGCUACAAGGAGCGCUCCGUGGACCUGCAGCGCGCCGCCAAGUUCUGCGAGGGCCUCGCCGUCGAGCUGCUCGCCAUGGCCUCGGGCGACCACAGUGCCGGCGUGCUGCUGCGCGCCGUCGACCACCGCGCCACCAGCCUGCUGGACGUGCUCAUCGAGUGCGAGCAGAAGGAGGUGGUGGCCCACCCGGCCGUGCAGCGCUACCUCACCGACGUGUGGUACGGCGACCUGGGCUGGGCCGACUGGAAGCUGUCGCUGCUGUUCCUCGCCUUCCUGGUGUGCCCGCCGGUGUGGCUCGCCUUCUCGCUGCCGCUGCGCAGCCGCUUCAACAAGAUCCCCAUCAUCAAGUUCAUGAGCCACCUGGCGUCGCACAUCUUCCUCAUCCUGCUGUUCAUGCUCACGGUCGCGUGGCCCCCGCUCAGCCCCGUGUUCCUCGGCCGCCUGCUGCCCUCGUGGAACGAGUGGCUGCUGCUGUCGUGGCUCACGGGAAUGCUCGUGUCCGAGCUCACGGACCCCGGCGAGAGGGCGGGCCUCGCCUGGAUCCGCGUCAUCAUCCUGGUCAUCGCGGCCAUCAGCUUUGUGUCCCACCUGCUCGCGUUCGCCUACCCGGCCGGCACGGACGGGCGGCUCGAGACCCUCUACGCGCGCAACAUGUUCCUGGCGGUGGCGAUGACGCUGUGCUUCAUCCAGUUCCUCGAGUUCCUCACGUUCCACCACCUCUUCGGGCCCUGGGCCAUCAUCAUCCGCGACCUGAUGAAGGACCUCGCCCGGUUCGGCAUCAUCCUGGCGCUCUUCCACACGGCCUUCACGCUCCACCUGACCGCCGUUUACCAGCCCGUCUACCCGGCGCCGAAGAACAAGACGGCCGAGAACGUGAGCGCGAGCGGCGACGCGGACGACGCGACGCGCGUGCAGAGCCCCCUCGACGUCGUUGUGCUGCUCUUCUUCGCCCUGUUCGGACUCGUGGAGCCCGAAAACCUGCCGAGCAUCAGCCGGUCGCCCCCUUUCACCAUCGUCAUCGUCCAGAUAGUCUUCGGCGUGUACCUCAUCGUGACCUCCAUCGUUUUGAUAAACCUCCUGAUCGCGAUGAUGAGCGACACGUACCAGCGCAUCCAGGCGCAGUCCGACACCGAGUGGAAGUUCGGCAGAGCCAUGCUCAUCCGAGACAUGAAGCGCAAGUCGUCCGCCGCGUCGCCCCUCAACCUCUUCACCAACGUCUUCCAAUACGUCGCCGUUUGCUGCCGGCGCAGGGGCAAGCUGUGCCGAGCGGAGCCGUCGAGCGACGUCGCGCAGUUCGACGGCGUCUCCGACACGUGCUGCAUGGACCUGCAGCGCCACCCGGGCACGUGGGCAGAGUCGCUGACGCGGCGCAGCGCGAGAGUCACGCCCGACGGCGUUCACCGGGGCAGAGGUCAGCACGGACCGACGCGGAUCGAGGACGCCAUGGACUGGCAGGACGUCGCGGCGCGGUACCGCGCCAUGAAGGGUCGGGGCGCCGCUGGGCCGCAGCAGCCGGAGACGCCGUUCCCCCUGGGCAAGAGCAGCACACGCAGGAGGGCGCCCUUCCUCGUCGCCUCGAACGCGCUCAACGGGGUCAAGGCGUAGCUGCCGCGCGCGGUAGGGGAACGCACGCAAGCGGAGGGGCCGGCGGCGAGGCACACCCUCACCGGGCUCGCGACUUAAGGCUACGUUAUUGGCGGCAGUAAUCAUUGCCGGUAGAGAAUUCGCGGGUGGCGGGAAAUAGAAAAUAAAGAAAAGGUGCAUUCGUCGAGUGGCCACGGGAUAAGUUGGGAGGAGGGCGUCCCCACCUAAAACCGGUAUGAAUAUUUGUAAUAACAAAAAUAAAUGAGAAAAAUUCCGCGAAUAAGCCGUUAAAAUUACCGUUUGCAUGUUUGAAUAAAGUCACCCCCGCCCCCCAAUCCCCCCGAAAGGAAAUGAAGGAAGUGCCGAAUCUCGCAUGCACCUCAAGCCACUUCUAAAAGUUUAUUCAGAUUCACGAUCUCCGUGCCAAAAUCGUAGCCUUAUGUAGACCGUCCACCAAACGCUCACCUGACCCUCAGCAGACUCUCUUCUGAGACUCUCCACUCACAAUCGUCAGACAUCGCUCACUCGAGUCGUUAUAAAAUGUCAUUCGAUCACUUCAGGACUGCUGCCUCUCUACAAAUAAACUCAGAUGACAGGAGCAAUUUGCCACUCGACUCUUCGAAUAGGAAUCGACUGCGGGUGUUACCUACCAUCAUUGCCGUCAUCAUCAUCAUCUUCAACUCCAACAUCAUCAUCUUAAUCACCACCAUCAAUCCAUCAACAUCAUCUCACAGGAUUCUGCGGAUAAACACUGAUAUUAGGAUAUACGCCCCAUGAAUUAUCCUAUAAAUAACCACGGAUAAUAGGAGUCACCGGUGGCAACAUAUUUUUUUCCGCGAAAUAGCUCCGGAUAAUGUGGAGCAAUUAUCCUGCGAGUUCGAUUAACUUAUGCGGACAGUUUUUUUGCCACAUAACAGGAUCUUCGAGGACAAAACAGAGUGCAGGGCAUCUCCUACGCUGUAACACAUGGGCUGCUGGUCGGUCGGUCAAGUUUCAGUUGAGGUCAACUCAACAAAGUGUCGUCACCGCUAUCGUCGUCGUCGUCAUCGCUUGCUAUCAUCAUUGUCGUCAUCGUCAUUAUCGUGAUCAUCAGCAUCCCUCCUGGAUUUUCUGAAAUAAGUGGUAUCUUUCAUAAUAACGGUUUUUGGGUUAGAUCGCGUUUAUUUAUAAAUGUGUCGUAACCCUCCACCACCCGACACGGCCA